UAAUAUGAAUGAGGCUCAUAAACUUUUGCCACGAGCCCAAAAGGUUAGGUCAUCUCAAGAGUUCAAAGAGAAAUGCUAUUAUUUCUUGGUAGCGUUUUUUCUAUAAAUACUGAUGUCAUCCUAUGGAUUAGAUCAUGGACCAAGAAUAAAUCACACGCUCAGAGAGAGAGAGAAAGAAGAAAAUGGAGAAAAGCAGAGUCUUGGUGGUCGGUGGCACUGGGUACAUUGGCCGGAGAAUAGUGAAUGCUAGCCUCGCCGCCGGUCAUCCGACAUUUAUUCUGCAGAGGCUGGAAAUCGGGCUAGACAUAGACAAGCUCCAGAUGCUCUUGUCUUUCAAGAAGCAAGGAGCCCACCUUGUUGAGGGCUCAUUUUCCGACCACAAGAGCCUUGUCGAGGCCGUGAAGCUUGUGGAUGUAGUCAUAUCAGCCAUUUCCGGUGUCCACUUUCGCAGCCACCAAAUCCUUCUCCAGCUCAAUCUUGUCGAGGCCAUGAAAGAAGCUGGCAAUGUGCAGCGGUUCCUACCAUCUGAGUUCGGCAUAGACCCAGCCCGAAUGGCUCACGCACUCGAACCAGGCCGAGUGACCUUUGAUGACAAGAUGGUUGUCCGAAAGGCAAUAGAGGAGGCUGGGAUUCUCCAUACCUAUGUCUCGGCUAACUGCUUCGCCGGUUAUUUUGUGGGAGGUUUGUGCGAGCCCGGCAGGAUCACGCCCGCUCGAGACAAGGUUUGCAUGUUUGGAGAUGGAGCCAUCAAAGCCGUCUUUGUGGAUGAGGAAGAUAUCGGAACAUACAUAAUCAAGGCAAUAGAUGACCCUCGGACCCUCAACAAGACAUUGUACAUCAGGCCACUAGAAAACAUCCUCUCACAAAGGGAGUUAGUGGAGAUAUGGGAGAGCCUCCUCGAAAAAGUGCUUCAAAAAUCCCAACUGUCUGAACAAGAUUUUCUUAACUCCAUGAAAGAUGUGAAUAUUGUACAACAAAUAGGCCUUGGGCACUAUUACCAGGUUUUCUAUGAAGGUUGUUUGACUAAUUUUGAGAUUGGAGGCCAAGGCGUAGAGGCAUCACAAUUGUAUCCAGAGGUCAAUUACACCCGCGUGCGAGACUAUCUCAAGCAAUAUCUUUAGUUGGCCCACAACCAUAAAUGGCGACUUUAUAUCAUUAUCAUCAUCCCAAGUCUUAUUUCAACUAGCUGAAGUCGUCUACAUAAAUCAUAUUGUCUUGUUAUGCUCUAUAAACAUAGUAUAAUGUAUUCUACGUAAGUUGGACGUUUCAUGGUGAUACAUAUGGUUUGCAUGCCUUUAUGUGAUUUCACAUAAAACUCCAUAGUCUUGAUGUUUCUUUAAUCAGUGAUAAAGAUUGGAGUACCACUUCCAUG